AUGAAAUUGUCUGGCACAUGGUCUAUCCUUAAUGGCCUUAUUACAACCCUGCUCUUUUCAAGAAUAGCGCUUGCGAUCGACUUGGAUAUUAGCGAUAAAGAAUCGAUUAAAGAUGCCGCAAGUACGAGUACUUACGCCAUGAUGCGAUGGUAUGCCGGAAAUGAAACUGGACAAAUCCCUGGUGCUUUUCCCACGAAAUGGUGGGAAGGAUCUGCGCUGUUUCUUGCACUUCUUCAAUAUUGGCACUUCACUGGCGACACGCAGUAUAAUGAUGAGCUGAGUCAAGGGCUGCAGUGGCAGUCGGGUGACAAUGGCAACUACAUGCCUACCAACUACAGUAGCUACCUGGGAAAUGACGACCAAAUGUUCUGGGGUCUUGCCGCUAUGAUGGCCGCUGAAUUUCAAUUACCCGAUGUCAAGGGCGGAUUCUCAUGGCUUUCGCUUGCUCAGGGGGUCUUCAACACUCAGAUCGCUCGAUGGGAUACAACGAAAUGUGGCGGUGGUCUACGCUGGCAGCUGUACCCUUAUCAGGAUGGAUACACCAUGAAGAAUUCUAUAUCAAACGGAGGGUUGUUCCAAUUGUCAGCACGUCUCGCUCGCUACACGAAUGAUGACAAGUAUACGGAAUGGGCCGAGAAGAUUUGGGACUGGUCUGUAUCUUCGGUGCUGGUCAAUAACCAGACUUGGAACGUCGCCGAUUCAACAAAUAUGGACAACAACUGCGCCGACGCGGGUAACUAUCAGUGGUCAUACAACUAUGGUACUUACUUGAUGGGAGCUGCCUAUAUGUACAACUUCACCAAGGGCGCCGAAAAAUGGAAGACCCCCGUAGACGGUCUUUUGAAGAAAACAUUCAGCACUUUCUUCCCGCACGGCAACGUCCUCGAAGAUAUCACCUGUGAGCCGACGGGACAGUGCAACUUCAACGAAAUUCUAUUCAAAGGCCUAGUCUCAUCAUGGCUUGUAUUCACCGGAAUGCUCGUCCCCGAAACCGCCGCCCAAAUCACACCCAAAUUGCAAGCUUCCGCGCAAGCCGCGGCAAAGACUUGUACCGGAAACAACAACCAGACUUGUGGUAUCAAAUGGUAUACGGACCAGUGGGAUGGGACGACAGGAAUGGAACAAGAGAUCAGUGCGACGAACGUUUUCCUCGCGAACUUGGUGUCUUUCGGUGGAAUUGAUGGACCUGUCACAUCUGAUACUGGUGGCAAGAGUACGAGUGACCCGAAUGCCGGUACAGGGAGCGGGAACUCUGAUAAGCAAACUACGAAGCCUAUCACCACUGGGGACAAGGCUGGUGCUGGUAUCUUGACGGCAAUCUUUAUUGCUGGUUGGGCUGGGUCUAUGGCUUGGUUGCUCAUGGGAGCUUGA